AUGUUGGUUGCUCUUGUUCUAUGUUUGGUUGGUAUUGCCGCUGCACAAGUACCCGCUCCAUGUACAUCCCCACCACAAUGGGAAGGUCGUGUUUUCGAAAUUAAUGAAGAACAAAAGUUUUCAUUAGGAGGCAGAUUAAGUUAUGAUUCACUGUAUCACCGUGAUCGCUUUGUUGAAGAAGUUGACGAAGGUGGUGAACAAAAUGUUUAUGAUCGACUUUCCCUCUAUGAUCAAAAAAUUGAAUAUGUUUACAAUUUCAAAGCCCGCAAUUGUACACGACAACCAUUAACUCGACCAUGGCGUGAUUUUGGUAUUCGUCCAACAGAUACUUCAUACGGUGAAGCUUACAUUGGUUCAUCAGCUGCAGCUGAUACAGGUUUAUUAGUCACAAUCUGGGCUGGUAAUUUCACUUUACCAUCCAAUGAUACAAUUGAUUUCAUUUCGACAUGGACCUAUCGAGGAUGCAUUCCAGUUUCUCGAACAAGCUUCAGUCCUAAAUUUGGUGUAUCCCAUUUAUCAUUCUAUGAUGUAACAGCUGGUAUUAGUGAUCCAAAUGUAUUCAUUCCACACCGAGAAUGUCUUUCAAGUGAAGAAUGGGCCGCGCGAAACACUCGCUUCGGUGUAUCAAGCCUGAAAAAACAUUAG